AUGGCGCAAGGACUGGAUAGAAUUUUUGCAGAGCUAGGCAUCUCGCAGUACCUAGACAUCUUUCUCGAGCAAGGAUUCGAUACGUGGGAGACGAUAUUAGACAUUACUGAGUCUGAUCUCGACGCACUUGGAGUCAAGUUAGGACACCGACGUAAAUUGCAGAGACGCAUCGCCAACUCUCGUGGCCUUGCCCCGGAUGCAUCACUAGUUUCGCCCACAAGAGCAUGCGCAGAGGAGCCAAAGCCUGAGACACAACGACUUGAUCAACCCCGUCUCGAGGUCAAGGAGGGACCUGUCGCUACGAAACGAAAAUAUAGGCGUCACCCAAAGCCUGAUGAGAAUGCUCCUGAGAGACCUCCUUCGGCCUAUGUCCUUUUCUCAAACAAGAUGCGUGAUGACCUCAAGGGUCGGAACUUGACUUUCACCGAAAUAGCCAAGCUUGUAGGAGAACACUGGCAAAACUUAACUCCCGGCGAGAAGGAGCCAUACGAAACUUCCGCAUUGAAAGCCAAGGAGAAGUACAACCACGACUUGGCUGAGUACAAGAAGACAACAGAGUAUAGGAAAUACAACCUGUACUUACAAGAUUUCAAGGCACGGCAAGCCUCCGCAAAUCAAGCAAAAGAGUCGUCGAAACGUCAGAAGCUUGAUUCGGGGGUUCGUCUGCAAAACGGAGGAAGCGCAAGUGCCACACCCGGGAGCCUCAGUAGCACGGGGAGUGGUACAGAGAGUCACCAGGGAAGCGAACCUCCUCCUAAUCGCAAACAGCGGGUGGGUUCCGUGGUGUCGGUAUCCGAAUCGCAAUAUUCGACAGCCGUGCCGACCCCGAUUUCCCAUCACCAUCAUCACAACGAUGACUCGGUACACUCCCCUGCCAGCGUACAAUUCGAUGGCGAGUGCUUGCAAUCCACAACUCCGGUCAAACCAGAGCCAGUCACACUUCCGCAUCUUCCAUCCCUCUCGGAUGUAUUCAGCAAUGGGCGAGGAUUGAACGGCGUCUCAAGGUCUCCUGAAGCCAACGGCUUUGGGGGCUUCGCGCCUCCUACACACCCUGGUCCCUCCGCACCGCCAUCGCUGAAGCACGAAUAUUCGUCCGCGGGGAGCAUUUCAUCCUCUGGGUCUGGGCUGUCAUACCCCCGAACACCUAGUGAAUCUUCACUACCGAUUCAUGCCCUGUUAUCGAACAAGACCUUGCCGGGGCCUCCUUUCGAAUUGCAGCCAUCGCCGUUCUCGACUGUGCCGCCUGCUGGACCACCACCACUCCAGGAUUCAAAAUUGCCCUACGCAGGGCAGCCACAAGCUCCGAUUGGAGCAACUAAUGGUACUCACGGUUACCAAUCACCACCUGCCUUGUUGAGAUUCCAGUCCACCUCGUCAACUGGGACUGAUGGAUCGAACGUGUCGCAAGCAUCAUCGGGUGCUUCUUCUGCUACGUCGCUCGGUGUUCAGGAGAGGAGCGACCCGAAGCUCGACGGCAUGAGCGCGUUGGUGCGGGCUGGCGAAAUUGUGAACGGGCGUGUUCAGUGA